AUGGCGAACGGAGAGCGGUUACUGACAAUGUUUUCUCUUGUGACCGUUGCUAUUGUCUUAGCACUCUUAGCACAGUCUGCUACAGCUGACGCUGUACGGUACGAGCCUAACUGGGAUUCGCUAGACUCACGACCCCUACCAAGCUGGUACGAUGAGGGAAAGAUCGGAAUAUUUAUCCACUGGGGAGUUUUCUCAGUUCCAGGUUUUAGCAGUGAAUGGUUUUGGUAUCAUUGGCAAGGAGAUCAACCAGAACCUGACGUAGUAGAGUUUAUGAAGAAGAAUUAUCCACCUGGCUGGACAUAUGCAGACUUUGCUGAACAGUUUGAUACACCUACAGGCAUGUACGAUCCUAACCACUGGGCAGAUAUUUUCAACGCUUCAGGGGCCAGGUAUGUAGUCCAGGUGACAAAACACCAUGAAGGGUUCACAAGCUGGCCGUCCAAGUACUCAUUUAACUGGAAUGCCCAGGAUGUGGGUCCACAUAGAGAUCUUGUAGGUGAUCUGGCAGCCGCCAUCCACAAAUAUCCGAAUUUGAGAUAUGGCAUUUACCAUUCCUUGUUUGAGUGGUUCAAUCCAGUUUACUUGCAGGAUGAGAAAAAUGGCUACAAAACCCAAAAUUUUGUGUUUGGCAAGUCUCUCCCAGAGCUGUACGAGCUGGUGAACACAUACAAGCCUGAUGUAGUCUGGUCUGAUGGCUGCCCCAGCACAGAUGCUUAUUGGAAUAGCACCUAUUUCCUGGCCUGGCUUUAUAAUGAAAGCCCUGUGAGGGAUACAGUUGUCACUAACGACAGAUGGGGCAGUAACGUUAUUUGCAAGCAUGGGGGAUUUUUAACCUGCACUGACCAGUACAGUCCAGGCACAUUGCAGAAACGUAAGUUUGAGAAUGCUAUGAAACUGGAUUACCCAUCCUGGGGGUAUCGUAGAAAUAUCAAGUUGUCAGAUGUGAUUACGAUACAAGACCUACUUCAACAAAUUGCCUCAACAAUCAGUUGUAAUGGUAAUAUACUGAUCAACGUUGGACCAACAAAAGAUGGAACGAUUUCCCCAAUAUUUGAGGAGAGACUGAGGCAGAUGGGGUCAUGGUUGCAGGUCAACGGUGAGGCUGUGUACAAGUCCAGACCAUGGACCUUUCAGAAUGACACGGUAACACCGGGUGUCUGGUAUACCCAAAGAACAGAUGAAACAACUCCUUCAAACAAGAAUGUCUAUGCAUUUGUGUUCAAGUGGCCUGAGGACACCCUAGUACUUGGAGCGCCUGUGCCAAGUUCCACUACCCAAGUAACCCUUCUAGGUUAUGAAGGUCAAUUCACGUUCAGCCAGAGGUCAGGAGGAGGAGUGAUCAUUAACAUUCCAGCAAUUUCUUACAACAAAAUGCCUUGUGAUUGGCUCUGGGUGUUUAAGAUUAGUAAUCCUCAGAACUGA